AAGACAAACAUGAAGAAGAACAUAACUUAAAAAUGGCCACAAACACUUGAGAAGUUAAUUUCUAAUCAUUAACUUUAGUGCUUUUCAAGUUUUUUUCUUAUAAUGAGUGAUGUUUUAGAAUCUUGAGCCAUUGUUUGGUUUACCGCACGUUGAAGUAUGCUCCGUUCCUGUGCGCUUCAAGACCCGAAAGCCGUGUGGCCGCUGUUGUGCUGCGAGUCCGGGGACUGCUCUCUACGAUGGUCUGACGGUCCCUUUAGGAUUUGAGUCAAUUUUUGAUACAAUGUCAAAGCAGCAGACAAGGCGUAAAAUUACGUUAGACUCGUCCCUGAAGCAAGUGCAUAGUAACCCUACCAAAGACACUCAUCGUCGUCCUAGCGUCUUCGAGAGGUUAGGGACUAAAGCCAUCACCUCCAAUCCGGGUCUGGGUGCGGGCAAUGCUAGCCAGUGCUCGCCUUCGCCCAAUGUGAAGCCGAAGCCGACCGAGAGCUUCUGCAGGCAAUGGGAACAGAAUGGAACCUGCCAGUAUGGGAAAAACUGCAAGUAUGUCAGCACUCACGCAUUGAUCAGUCCCUCAAAACGAGCCGCAAUUAAGGAUGCCAGCUCAAAGACCAACAAUAAGAGUUGUAGUAGCUCGUCUUCUUCUGGUAGCUCAAGCACUGGAAGUGAGUCAACAUCAAGUGAAGAUACUAGCAGCUCUGGCAGCUCAGAAUCAGUUGAGUCAAGCAGGCACCAUCGCCACAGGGCCAAGCAUGUAAAUUCAAGGAAGUUGAAGAGAUACUCCAGUUCUUCUGACAAAGAGCACUCCAAAAGAAAUAACCUAAGAGCUGGGAAAGGACUGAGUCCAAACAAGAAGGGCUCCCACUCUGUCUCGGCAGUAAAUGCAAGUGCUCUACAUAAAGAAAUGAAGCACACUAAGAAGCGUAGAUCGCGAGACCGAUCUGCCGGUCGCAGCUCACCAAGAAAGGGUGGUCUAGGAAGCACAUCAGGCUUGAAGAAAUCCCUUAGUCCCCUAGGGCCUGGGCUGCCUGGGCGCAGCAGCAACGCUAACAGUCACAAGCGCCGCUCUCAGUCGCCCAUGCUGAAAGGAGGAAAACUUGGGGUGCAGUCGUCAAAACUUGGGUUGAACAGUCGCAAUAUUGGACCUCAGCAUAAUGCCAGAUCUCCUCCCAAUCAUAAAGGUUCCAGGGACAGGGAUAGGAAUCGUGAAAAGGAAGAAAGAGAACGUGAACGAGAAAUGGAGAAAGAGAAAGAAAGAGAAAGAGAGAACAAGAAACAAAGAGAAAGAGAACUUGAAAAGCAGAGAGAAAGAGAGAGAGACAGGGAAAAAGAACGAGAGAAAGAUCGCAAUAGAAGUAGAUCCCCCAAAAUGAAGAUGAAGGAAGUCAUUUCUCGUUCUCCUCGAAAGGAUUUAAAACGCAGGGAGUCACCUGAUCCCCAUCACAAACCCGGCCGUCUAUCUGGUGGUAGUCAGAAGGGUAGGGAUGAUGGUCCCAGUUCGAAACACAAGGCUCCUGUUGGUGACCAUUGGCACAGGAAAGAUGACAAGGAAGAAGAUAGAAAGCGUGGAGAUGAAAGACGUCAUAAAGAUGAUUCUCGGAAAGAUGCUCGUUUACUCACUGGUCUAAUUGAAAAAGAGCAUAUUCGUGACCGUGACAGAGAUCGUGAAAGAGAACGCGUCCAUGAUCGUGAACGAGAGAAGGAUAAGACAAAAUCAUUACUACAGCAGGGCAUUCCGUCACUCCUCACGCUCAAUUUACAUCCAAAUGAUUUCAAUGCUCAUGCUGGUGGUGGUGGAAAAGAACGUGGAGUUGAAAGGAAUCGAAGUUUGGAGAGGACGGGUCUACUGAGAAAUAUCAGCAUGGAUCGGGGCCGUGAACGUAGUUUGGACCGUGUUUCUGAAAGAAGCAGAGGAAGUGAGCGCGACAGAAGAUGUCGAAAUAAUAAUGGUGGGCUAGAAAAAGGCCUGGAUCACAGUGGUUUAGAAAAGGAAUUAGCUAAAGCUCUUGCCCGUAAUAGAGAGCAGGAGCGGACGUUUGAAAGAAAUGAAAGAGUUCCUGAAAGAGGUUUGGAGCGUGGGCCGGAUAGAGGAUUAGAUAGAGGGCUGGAGCGAGGAUUGGACCGAAGUGUAGAUAGAGGCCUAGAACGUGGUAUGGAUAGAAAUAUCAAGAAUGAAAGAGGCCUGGAUCGUGCUUCUCCUCGGGUCUUGGAUAGAGAUAAUGACAGAGGUUUAGAGAGAGGUCUUGAUCGUGACCCAGUACAGGGAAGAUUAGAACGUGGUUUCGACAGGGCUUUGGAGAGGGGACUUGAAAGAGGGUCACCUCGCCUGGAUAGAGACCAUAGAUUUUCAGACCGUUCUCCAGGGGACCGGCUAUUUGGUGCCACCCAUCUGGAUCACAGAGAAUCUGAUGAUAAAGGGUUUGAUGGAAUGUUUGAAGGUAGAAGAGAUCGAGGCAGAUUUUCAGACCAAAGCCGUUAUGAAAAAGGAGUCCCUCUUAAUGAUGAUCGUCGCAUGGGGCCUUCUGACUCCGUUGGUUUUAAUGAAGAUCGAAGACGAGGUCGUGAUGGCAACCGUCAGGAAGGAAGAGUCGGUCAGUGGGAUGCUCGAAAUGAACGCAAAAGAGAUCAUAACCAUGAGCGUGAACAUGGGAGAGAGAGAGAACACGGACCUCGCCCUUAUGAUGGUGGUCAACGGCCACCUGGACCCAACAAUCCAGGAAAGCGCAAUGAUUGGGAGUGGGAUCAGCGUGGGAGACGAUCAGGCAAAGACUGGGAUGGACCUCAUCGACCUGACAAUUCCUCUGUGGAAAAGGAGUGGGGUCGAUUUCCUCCUGGCCAAAACGACUGGUCAGGGCCACCAGGAGAUCGACGCUCUGGCGGUUGGAAUGAUGAAUGGCGCUCCAAUAAUCAGAAUAGCCCUGCAGCCCAGUUGCUGCAGAAUCGACCUCCAGGUCGUAUGCUACCUUUGAGGGAUGACUCUCAAAAUCUACUGCAUAAAACUGAUGACCUUGGAACUGAAGAAGGAUUGAAGGGGAAGGAUCAGACUGUUUUAAGUGAUAAUAAAAAUGAUACAAAAGUUGAUGCAAAAAUUGAAAAUGAUACAAAUCAUACAAUGAAUCAUAAAAGAACUCGUGAAAUUGGAGAUGGAGAUGAUGUGUCAGCUGAUAGCAAACGACCUUACUUGGAGAAGGAUUCUGCUCUUGAUGAAGUCCUAAGUGAUAUUAGUGAUGAUGCAGAUGAAAUUCUGAACAGAGAAGACAGUGAGCUUAAUCAGUUGUCACAUGGGGAUACAGCACCAGCAGCUGGCAAAGAGAACCGUUUAGGUAAUCAGCAAUCUGCAUUGCUUUCCCAAGCAAAUCAAGCUGCAGCUUCUCAUACUCAUCACAGGAGAACUGGUGAGGGUGGAGAAAAUUCAGGAAAUCUCGGCUUUGAAGAGAUAUCUGAUGGAGAAUUAGAAGAGGAGGCCCGAGCCAGAGGUAUUAGUGAUGCUUUGGGUGUUGACUGGGCAAGUUUAGUUGCGGAAACUCGACCUAGAUUGAAAAUUGAGAAGGCCGGAAGCACACGUCAACGCUGGGAGGGAGUCACAUUAUUGACAUACAUUGGAGUGUCUGUUGAGUAUGCUGGUCCAAAAUUAGUCAAAUAUAUCUUGAAUUCUGCGUUAAGUCCACAGCAGGACACUUCAGACAAAGAUUCUACAAUCAAAGUUGACGAGGUCUCUAGCAGUCAAGAACCUGAAGACGCAGUUGAUAAAGCUAGUUGUAGUGGUGUUGUGGAACCGGGCAAACAGGAAACCAAUGCAAAGUCGGAAGGUGUUAGUGACAAUGAUAAACAAUGUGGUCAUAGCAAAACAGAGAAUUUAGAGGAGCAUCCUAGUAUUAAUGAAACUGAUAAGUUAGAUAUUAGUAUUUCAAAGAGUUUACCAGCUGCAGAGAAUUCUUUAAAAGCCAACAGUGAAUUUAUGGCAUCAGGUGCUAAGUCAAAAAUGGUGUCUGAUUCCAAAAUCAAAGAUACCCCAAGUGACUCAAAAUGUUCAGUGAAAUCAAAUUGCGAUCAAGCUGGUGGAGGAGAAGAAUCUGUUCAUGAACCUCAAAGAAACAAAACUGUGAAACAAGAAAAUGAGAACCAAGACAAACAACAGUGUUUCAAGUUGUUACAUCCAGUGGCAGGCAUUCAUGCAGCGUUGCUUGAAAGAAAAGCUCGACGUCAAGCACUAUUUAGCAGUUCCGGCCCUUACAAGCGAGCACUUUCAGCUCGAAGGGACUUGGCAAUCAGACGCCAGCUUUGCAAUUUACCUCCUCGGGAAACAACAUGUGAUAAUAAUCCUGCUGCUGAUGAACUCUUUCGCCUUAGUUUGCAAUUGCUGGAGCGGGCCUCCUGAAAUUGGUUUAAAUACUAUCUUUAUAUCAAUACCUUCCUUUGGAAUGUAUCAAUAAGCCAGUGUUGGUGAUGUUAAAAGUCUGACAUUUGAUGAUUAUGUUUAAUUUGCCAAUUCUGCUCCCACCUGUGAUUUUGUUUAUCUGUAUAGUUCGUACAUUUCUGUGAACCAAACCAGAACCACGUUGUGCAGUGUGAAUCAUGACACUUUUCUUUUUAAGUUUUUGUUUUGCAUACAGUUUUUUUAUACUCUUCCUCUUACUGAAUACAUGUUAGUACAUUGAUAUCAGUGAGUGAUUCUUGGGACUUUGCAUGGGAACACUCACAGCUACCAAUGGCUCCUAUAAAUACUAGCAAACACAGACUACUUGGUAUUUGGUCUGAAUCAUAAUAUUGUUUAAGAUUACUGGUUAGUGAUAUCCUACAGAAUGUAAGCAUUGUGUAAAUAUCGCAUAGGAUUGGAAUCUGAAACAUUCUCUUCUAUUUUUUACCUGGUACGAAUUGUUUCACUUCUUAAAAGCCACUUUUUGUGUCAUACCUAGUCAACCUUUAUGAUCAUUAGCAAAAGCAUGCACAUGGACUUUCUACUUAUUUUUCAUUCUAUGUAGUACUUACAUGUGAAGCUAACAUUGUGCCCAAGAAGUGAAAUCAAUGAAUAAAGUAAUAUUUCAACUGGUUUGUUCACAUCUGAGACUUCUAUGGCUCAUUUAAAUUUGAUUUAAGUAAGGUAAGCAGGCUCUUCUGGUGUUGGGAAAAUUGUAACCCAUCUCCAAAAGGUCAAACUAUGACUCCUAAUAGUAAAUCUGCAGGACUGUGCUAAGAAUGGUAUCUCAAAGAACAAAUAGCUUGUUCUAUUAGUCACUGUUGUAUGUCCAACACUUGACAAAAUGUAGGAAUGGUCUCCUCUCCUUUAUUUUAAACAUUCUUAUGAUUGUUUUCUUUUAUUGCUUUACAAUGAGAACUUCUCAAAUCAUUUUAAUCUUUUAUUCUAAUUUCUUUUCUUGCUGUCAAUCAACUAAAUACAGUCCCAAACACAAUUGUCAUAUGUCAAGCCACUGUAUUGAAAGACAUUCACCAACAACUUGAAGUGGUUAGUGAACUUAAUUUCUGCCUAAUGUGUCCUAUAUUUGUUGCCUGUCAAACAUUUAUUACUGAUUAAACUUUCACCAAUCAGAGAUAAUCUUGGAAGAUGUGUUAUGUUGGCUGUAUGUUAUUAUCAGCCUUUUUUUGUUUUUGUUUUUUUAAUGUCCUGUAUAUACUCUUGUACAUGUGUAAAAAGAAAAGUCCCAACUGCCACUUACUGGGACUUUCUUAUGUGAACGUGUAAGUUUCAUGUUGUCUAUCAAAUACAAAUUUAUUUUGUUUGUAAUAAAGCAGCCUUAUUUAAUGUUA